AGUUUAGAACCAGUUUUUAUCGGUACAGACCCCGUGACCCGAAACACUUUAGGAACCUAAUCCGCAAUUAAACCCCGUCCCUCAUUGCCUCCCACCACCGUUCAAUACUUCCAACACCACCGUCAAAUCCACCGCGCGCAAGUGAGAUCGCAACCGGUAGCAAGAAAAAACAGGUCGGAGUUAGAACAAUUCGGUGCGCACUCCAAUGUUGGCACUUCUGCGAGCUCGUUGUGCGUCGAAUUUUCACACUCUUCUUCAACCAUGGAAGCUAGGGUUUUCCUCUCUGUCUACUACCAUCAACAUUGACGGCGGCGUCAGUAAAUGCGUCCUGGAUCUUCAAGAGAUCGAGAAGGUUUUGACGGACGUUAAAGCCGAUGACGUGAAGGUUAUACCAGUUCCCGAACACUGCGAUUGGGCUGAUUAUAUGGUACUUGCCACUGGCAGAUCAACCUGGCAUGUAAAGAAUAUAGCUCAAGCCCUAAUUUACAAGGCUAAGCAGAAGCAGAAAGGAGUUGAGCGAAUGAUGCUACCUAGUGUGGAAGGGUCAGAGGGUGGAAAGUGGAUUGUCAUUGACUCUGGGAAAGUGAUAGUUCAUGCACUUGAUGAAAAAGCAAGAGCUUACUACAAUUUGGAGAAUCUUUGGACCCAUGGGUCAAUUCAACAUGAGUCUACUGAGGAUUUACAAAAAGUUUUGGUGAAGGUCCGGCGGAAAAACAAUUCCAAGAAACCUGCCCAAAAGAAUGCUUAAUUGGUGUUUCGAUGAAAGAGAGCUGCAGAUAAUGACCAUUAAGUACAUUUUAUCUUACGCAUCAGAUAUAAACAAUAAGUAAUUUGUAAACAGAUCGGCAACUUAUCUGGCAUUUUACUUGUUCCGAAUAGAAAUUUUGCCUGCUUGUUUGCUGCAAUGUUAUAAAGUUUGGAGGAUGUAAAGUUGAAGUUUUCAGGUUAUCUACCUAGAGCUGUCUUUCUUGUUUUCA